GAACACCUGGACUCCUCCGUCAAUCCCCGCUCCACUGCCUCUGCUUCUCCGCCGCGUCAGGGUGUAAAACUACUCGAACCGAUCACCGACGCGACGAACCCCGAACCCGAACCCUCCAAGCCGGCAGGCCGGAGCAGAGCGCGCUCCAAGCUGAAUCCCCCCAUCUCCUAUCGCCGUCGAAAGCCGCAGAUGACCGUGGGUUUCGGGUACCUGCGAUUGGAGGAGCGUCCUUCAAUAAGCCUUUCAUUGCAUAGUGCAAAUUUUGGCUUGUUUCGGCCUACAUGAGUUUGCGGAUUUGGUGUAUUUGCAAAUAGCUUGAAAUGGAGCUAGAUCUUUUCUGCUAUGAUUAUCGUAUUUUUUUCAGCCGAUGACAUACGCGACGCUAGGAGUAGCGUCAAUUGAAGAAAAGUUUAUUCAACACCGGUUGAGAUGGUUUGGGCAUGUCCAUCGGAGAUCAGGCACCGGUGCAUAGAGGCAUCAUAAGACAGGACACUAAUGUGAAGAGAGAGGUAGAAGUUGACCAAAUUUGACAUGAGAUGAGACAAUCAAAAGAGACUUGAAAGAAUGGAAUAUCUCAAUGGAGUUGUAUUUGGGUAGAAGUGCUUGGAAAGAAGCUAUCCACGAGCCUGAACCAUGAUUUAGGCCUUUUUCCUUUUAGUGCUCUCAAAUGCUUUUCUCCUUCCCUUUUUCUCUUUUUCUCCUUUUGGUGACAUCUUGUUGGGUUUCAACUCUAGCGUACCACAACUUGCUUGGGACUAAAAGGCUAUGUUGAUGUUGAUGUGAGACAUCUAGCAGUUCAUCUAACUAUGUUAUGUUGUUUUCAGUUUUAUAAACUACCAUUGCAUUCGAUAGUGGAGGUUUUGGACUGUACAGUGUGAACAUACUGAACAUGGCCGAUUAUUAUGAAGUGAAAACUGAGCCAGUGUCAGGCUUUGCAGGAUCCAUCUGCAAGCUUCUUUAAUAUUUGUUAGGUCCAUUAUAACUUUUUAUGACCUUGUCUGGGAUGGCUGUUGCUUUCAAAGCAAGUACAAGUUCUGUCACACAGCAACAUUGGUCAAGUCCAACAAAGGACCAGUGUCAAUAUGGUUUCACUCAUUUAAGCAGGCAAAAGUGCAGAAAAAGAGCACUGUGUGUGACAGCUAUAUCAGGGAAGCUAGACCUAGAUUUCACUGAUCCUUCUUGGAACCAAAAGUACCAGGAAGACUGGAACAGGCGUUUUAGUUUGCCACAUAUUAAUGAUAUAUAUGAUUUGGAACCAAGAAGAACUACAUUCUCUUUGAAGAAAAACAGAAUUCCCCUGGGUGAUGGUGAUGGCUCAUCAACUGAUAUGUGGAACGGUUAUGUAAAUAAGAAUGAUAGAGCCCUUUUGAAGGUGAUAAAGUAUGCAUCUCCUACUUCUGCUGGAGCUGAGUGCAUUGAUCCUGAUUGUAGCUGGGUGGAACACUGGGUUCAUCGUGCAGGUCCUCGUAAGGAGAUAUAUUACGAACCUGAAGAAGUAAAGGCUGCCAUUGUUACCUGUGGAGGGCUCUGUCCUGGUCUAAAUGAUGUCAUUAGGCAGAUAGUAUUUACUUUGGAGACUUAUGGGGUGAAGAAUAUUGUUGGAAUCCCAUUUGGUUAUCGUGGAUUUUUUGAGAAAGGCUUAAAAGAAAUGCCGCUCUCGCGUGACGUGGUGGAAAACAUAAAUCUUUCUGGAGGAAGUUUCCUAGGAGUCUCUCGUGGAGGAGCUAAAACUAGUGAGAUUGUAGAUAGCAUACAAGCCAGAAGAAUUGACAUGCUAUUUGUAAUUGGUGGAAAUGGUAGCCAUGCAGGAGCUAAUGCUAUUCAUGAGGAGUGUCGAAAGAGAAAACUGAAAGUUUCAGUUGUAGCAGUUCCAAAGACAAUUGAUAAUGAUAUACUUUUUAUGGAUAAGACGUUUGGUUUUGAUACAGCUGUAGAAGAAGCUCAGCGUGCUAUCAAUUCUGCCUAUAUAGAGGCACGUAGUGCAUACCACGGAAUUGGGUUAGUAAAAUUAAUGGGAAGAAGUAGUGGAUUCAUAGCCAUGCAUGCUUCUCUUUCCAGUGGACAGAUUGAUGUUUGCCUGAUACCUGAGGUAUCCUUCACACUUGAUGGAGAACAUGGUGUCUUGCGACACCUUGAGCAUUUACUUAAUACAAAGGGAUUUUGUGUGGUUUGUGUUGCUGAAGGUGCAGGGCAGAAAUGUAUUUUUGUACUCUUGGCACAGGAUUUACUGCAAAAAUCAAAUGCAACUGACGCUUCAGGAAAUGUGAUACUUAGUGACUUUGGUGUCCACAUGCAGCAGAAGAUCAAGAAGCAUUUCAAGGACAUCGGUGUUCCCGCUGAUCUAAAAUACAUUGAUCCAACAUAUAUGGUUCGGGCCUGCCGGGCAAAUGCAUCUGAUGCUAUUCUCUGCACCGUACUUGGGCAAAAUGCUGUCCAUGGAGCAUUUGCUGGGUUCAGUGGCAUCACGUCAGGUGUUUGCAACACACAUUAUGUCUACCUUCCCAUCACAGAGGUCAUUACAACACCAAAGCACGUCAACCCCAACAGCAGAAUGUGGCACCGCUGCCUCACAUCCACUGGCCAGCCAGACUUCCAUUGACUACUUCAUUAACACCUGAGAGCAAGGCGCCAGGAGAAUAUUUAAUCCCACAAGGGACUGCUAACAGGAAACUUGAAUAAAUCUGGCUAACCCAAAAUUUUGUGAGGCUGGAGGAGCUCAUAACGAAAUUGCCAGAGCCACCCCCUGGUCAUCCAGACGUUGUAAGCAUGCAUACCCUUUCUAUUGGUUUGCAAUCCCAAGUGAAAUUAAAAGUUAGAAGUUGUUUGUGCUGCAAACAAUUCACCAUAAUCCCACCAGUACAAAACUGGCUCCAGCCUUGUGAGAUGUUUUAUUGAUGAUGUACUAUGCAUAAUAGGCAAUUGGAUAUUCUUACUGGGAAGUGCAGUGAUCAGAGAUGAGCUUAGGUGCUGUUCCAA